AGACCGAGAGCCCCCCGAGCCCCCGGCCAGAGACGGGUAAAACGAGCCUUGGGACUCUGAGGACGGCAGCAAUAGGCAGCUCGAGAACUCUUUCCGCGGCUGAAGAGCAGGAGACAUCGUGUUGAGCGGCAGCAGUGUCAUCCUGAGUGGCAGCAGUGUCAUCCUGAGUCCGGCACCGAAGCGGAAGCCCCAGUCAGAGUUCGAGGUAGCGGUGAAAUUCUCCAGGAAUUCCAUCCAACUCGGCAGUGAAUUUUGAAUUUGUGGAGAGUUUCUGCCUCGUGGGGGGAAAGGCAUCUGGACUAUUCACAUGAAACCCUGAAAAUCUCAGCUGUCUUGUGAAAAGCACCCAACCUGCAACAAGGUUCGUCUUGACUCCAACUGCACCACUAAGAUUGAAGAGGAACCUGAGCAGUACACGUGAGGGCUUCAUCAUCAAAGAUGCCUGUCCCUCCCCCUCCAGCCCCUCCGCCCCCUCCAACAUUUGCACUGGCGAACACAGAAAAGCCUUCCCUAAACAAGUCUGAACAGGCUGGGAGAAAUGCUCUUCUCUCUGACAUUAGCAAAGGAAAAAAGCUUAAGAAGGCUGUAACCAACGACCGAAGUGCACCCGUCUUGGACAAGCCUAAAGGAGGCGGAGGUGGAGGCGGAGGUGGAGGCGGCGGUUUUGGCGGAGGCAGCAGUGGAGGCGGGGGCAGCGGAGGAGGCUUCGGAGGUGGCGGCGGCCCACCUGGUUUAGGCGGGUUGUUCCAAUCAGGAAUGCCAAAGCUGAGGUCUACUGCCAACCGAGAUAACGACUCGGGAGGAAGCCGGCCACCAAUUUUGCCACCAGGAGGAAGAGCCAUGUCUGCCAAACCCUUUUCUCCCCCCAGCGGCCCACCGCGGUUCCCGGGAUCUUCCCCAGGCCACAAAGUUGGUGCUCCUGAGCUCCAGAGGAGCCGAAUGCCUCCCCCACCAAGGCCCGACGCCAGCUGUAAGCCCGACGGCGGGCCUCCUCCCAUCCCAAACACUCCAAGACCCUUCCAAUCCAGCUUCCACAGCCGGGGCUCUCCUCCAGUGCCGGGAGUCCCCAGACAGCCCGGCCUGGGACCGACCCCGCCACCUUUUCCAGGGCACCGAAGCCCAGCCUCCGGAGGAGCCAUCCGUCAGUCAUCCCCAGGCCCCCCGUCUCCCUUCUUCAACAGGCCCCCGCUCCCUCCAGCCCCCGGCAGGGUCAUGGAGGACAAGCCACCACCUCCCCCUCCUCCAUUGGGAAAUAGGCCAAUGAUCAACAGGGAAGGGGCGCCACCUCCCCCACCUCAAAACAACAAGCCCCCAGUGCCUUCCACCCCUCGGCCAUCCACCACCUCACAGGCCCCGCCUCCGCCACCUCCUCCGUCUAGGCCUGGCCCUCCCGCCUUCCUCCCAAGUUCCAGUGGCGGUGAUGAAAUUCCCAGGCUCCCCCAGCGGAAUUUAUCCCUCACUUCCUCCGGACCCCCCUUACCAUCAGCGGGGCGAUCCGGACCCCUGCCGCCCCCACCCAUCGACAGGCCACCUCCUCCCGUGAGAGAACCGCCGAGCAGAUCAGGACCUCUUCCUCCACCGCCUCCUAUAAACAGAAACGGUAACAUUGCACGGGCAUCGCCCGCUCCCCAGCUACCCUCCAGAGGUGGAUUAGACACCCAGAGGAGCAGCCCAAGGCCUCCACUCCCUCCAGAUCGGCCGGGCUCCGGAGCCCCGCCCCCUCCACCGCCACCAUCCUCUUCGGUCCGAAACGGUUUCCAGGACUCACCCUGUGACGAUGAGUGGGAAAGCCGUUUUUACUUCCAUCCAGUAUCAGACUUGCCACCUCCCGAGCCUUACGUACCGAUGAACAAGAACUACCCCAGCAAACUGGCACGAAAUGAAAGCAGAAGUGGUUCCAGUAGGCGAGAAAGAGGAGCUCCUCCUCUCCCGCCCAUCCCGAGGUGAACAGGGGCCCCGACUUCCCAGCCGGACCACUGUGUUUACCUGGACUGAACGGUUGCUUUGUUGUUGUCUCUGGAAAAUUGCCAUUUUUUAUAUGCCUUCCAUGUUGGCCAAGGGGCAAGGAGAGGAUUUUCUGAGAAUCAGCUAGAGAAAUGCAAGUAGAGUUUGAUGACCAGUAGAUGCCCAAAGCUUUGUGUUUGCUUCUGCUGCAGCCAGUGUCAAUCAGCAUUUCAGGGACCACAUCAGGCAAUAGAUAAGUCCUCGUGAUGAAGGAUGGGACAAGCGUUCAGAUUUUAGGUCUGGGUCAGUCAUUUAAAACAGUUCAACUGCCUUCUGCUUCAUUGCCUUAAAGCUAGUCAUUGCUGGCAUUCCUCACCGGCUCCCCAUUUGCUUAAAGAGACCUGUUUCAUAGGAAGCUUGCUUUUUGUGUGUUUUCGCAUUUUUUAAGUUGUUUUUUCGUUUCUGGCAUUCUGGGGAUGGCCUAUUUGCUGUGUGUGCGUGAACCACAGACCAUCCAACUGAGUUUGCUGAGCCUUGUCAGCCUGAGGAAGCCAGAAGUUGGAGGGGUACAGUGGGAACCUGUUUUUUUUUUACAGAAAAUGAAAAUGGUUGAAACCCAGAGAAUGUUCUAGCAAUUCAGGUGGGAGAGAGCUCCAGACCUUGUUUUGCAGUUAUUUGCAGGCUAGAUUUUUGUACUUGUAUCCAGAGGUGCUUAUGAGGAAUUCAGGUAAGGUGUAGACCUUUAAUUUCUUAGGAUCACAUGGAACAAAAUGGAAUAAAGCCAUAAUUAAAUGGAAAGGGACUUGUGAAUCUCCCUGCUCAGCACUGGCUGGUAGAUCUGGCUGGAUGCCAGUUGGAUUCCAACUCUUCAGGUUUGAAGCAACAUAACCCUUAGCCUUCCCUCUCUUUCCCUGUGACCAAGCUCUGUGUCUGUGGCCCAGCAUUGUCGGUUGCUUUGCAAAAAGUCAUGGAAGCAGGAGGCUUGGAAAAUGUUGCCUCAUUUUCUAGCAUCCCAGACAUUUAGAAAGGGAAGUGAGUUUGAGGUUGCUAGGCAUGUACCCCCCUGAGGGGAUCGGGAAUGGAGUGCCACAGGAAACCUGCGUUGGAAAAUGAAAAUUGUUCAUUAAAAACCCCGACCAAGCGAAGUUCGUGUUGGCACCAUGUGAACGAGCCUCCAGAAAGGACCCUAAGAAAAGUCAGCCUUAACUUCUUCAGCCAAUUUUGUUUACAAAGCCACAUUGAAACCUUUUAAUCUUGUGAUAUUUGAAAAAAAAAAUGCUUCCAUUUCCGUGUUUUACACCUAAAUCCAGUGUUUAUAAUAGUUUCCCCUGCUAUGGUAGGUUAUAAAGACGGCAUGUGAUAGUAACAAGCAUUUAUGCAUCUACCUAAACUGGGUAUUAGUGCCCAUUUUUCAUUUACAGGUUGCUGGGUGAUUCCAACAUAAAUUCAAUCCAAAGAGGGAUUAUUUAAAAGAUUUGUAUUUAUAAAAUAAUAAUUGUAUCCAUUUAUAUGAAGAGAAGCAUUCAUAUGGAUUUCUAAAGAAAUGUGAAAUUCCCAAUUUGAGCAGACUAUAUUUUUUGUACCUUUGCUGGCUAGAAGUCCUGAACUUAAUUCAGUACUUCCCUUCUUCCCUUCCAUCUUUACACUUAUAUUUCAAGCAGUUGUUGGGACUCUACCCAGAGGUAUUUUUGGUAUGUAGAAGCAAAAGGAAGCAGAAUUUGCCUCAGUAUGUAGUACAGAGCAAAAUCUGCCCUUUUCAGGGUUUUUGCUGCUGCAGUAAGGGGUGAGGAAAGAUGCCAUAUGUCGUUCUUUGAUCUCACUUUAGCCUUGAUCAGUGAGGUUCUCAGCAGUUUAAAUCCUAGGUAAAGCCUUCUUAAAUCUAUUAAUCAGCCUUAUAUUAAAGGCUGAUGUCUUGCGCUUUUGAAAUGAUGGAAUGGAUGGUCUUCAGGGUGGGUGAAGCAAAGACAUGAAAAAAAUCCCACUCUUCCAGAUGACCAGAUGUUUGUUUCUGUAGAGGCCAAUUGUGCAGUUGUAGUUCGUUUCAAAAAUUCCCUAUUUUUAGAGAUCUGCUCUCAAAUGAAGAUAAAAUCCCAGCUCGUGGUUGCCACCUGACCAGAAUUUAAGUUGGACAAGAGACUCUGCCUAAUUGUCACCUGUGUAUUCUUUCCCAGCACGUAGUACAGGGCUUUGCACACCGUAAGUGUUUAGUAAGUACUAUUAUUGUUAUUACAUUUGCCCAAACUGCCCAUUUCUAAAAGUUGGCAGGCCUUUUCCAGCUAGAAUUUUGUACAGUAUUCCUUUGCAAAUGUUCUAAGAAAACUACCACAAAAGUCACCAAAAUAAGUAUUUCCUUUCCCCAAAUGAGGUUCCUACAUGUGCUUUCAUUUACUGUAAAAUUUCCAAAUAUAUUCAAGAUGCAAUACAGUAUUUUAACAUUCCUCAUAUCAUUUUAUAUUAAAAGUAUUUACAGUAUUAAGAUUCAGUAUUUAUUUCACUAUGCAUUUUGUUUAGAAAAAGGAAUAGAGCAGGAAAAAAUGCUAAAAGCAAGUGGUGCCUUUGUGAUUUAAAAUAGACUGUUUAUGCCCAAGCCAGAGAUUAUUUUACAGAUUUGUAAAAAUGGUUAGUUUUGUUUCCAUUUGUAUUAUGAAGUCCAAAAAGUCUGUUGUUGUUGUGAGAGUGAAACUAGAGAUGGAGUGAUUUUAAGAUUCCCAGUGUAUUUCUGGCAUAAAUUGAUCUUCCUCUCUCUCCUUCCCCUCUGUCUUGCCUUCAUCCCCUAGUUUACAAUCAGGGACUGAAGGGAGAGAGGGAUUUUAACGGCACUGUGAUCUAAACACACAUAUUUUGGUUCCUUUCUAUCAUAAGAAUAAGUUCACUAUGAAAAUUUGUGUCUUUGUAAGAUAGCAAAAUAAUAAAUAAAAUCAGAAA